GCCGUGUCUCCCUCUCCUCUCAGCCGCCUCCCUCCUUCCCUUCUUCCCUCCCUCCGGCCGUCCCUCCCUCCGGCCGCCGGGCCGCGGCUCCUCCCUGCACCACCUUUGGCCGAGUCGCGGGAGUGCGCAGACGGCACAGCUCCUCGGCGGCAGCGGUUCAUCCGCGCCGAGCAUCAGUCGGAAAGGCGCGUCCUCCUCUCCUGCCUCCUCUUCUCGCUGCCCCCGCGGCCAUGGAGCUGCCCGAGAGCCAGUGCAAGAAAGUCAAGCUGAGCAACAGGGUGCCGAGCUGGGGAAUGCAAAGGGCAACCAAUGUUACCUACCAAGCUCAUCAUGUCAGCAGGAAUAAGAGAGGCCAAGUUGUAGGAACGAGAAGUGGUUUUCGUGGAUGCACAGUCUGGUUAACAGGUCUAUCUGGUGCUGGGAAGACAACAGUGAGCAUGGCACUGGAGGAGUAUUUAGUGUGCCAUGGUAUUCCGUGCUACACGUUGGAUGGUGACAAUAUCCGCCAAGGCCUUAAUAAGAAUCUGGGUUUCACACCAGAGGAUAGAGAAGAAAAUGUGCGUCGUAUUGCUGAAGUUGCUAAAUUGUUUGCAGAUGCUGGUUUGGUCUGCAUUACUAGUUUCAUCUCUCCUUAUGCUCAGGAUCGUAAUAAUGCCAGACGAAUUCAUGAAGGGGCAAGUUUGCCUUUUUUUGAAGUAUUUGUGGAUGCUCCAUUGCAUGUCUGUGAGCAGAGAGAUGUUAAAGGACUCUAUAAGAAAGCCAGGGCUGGAGAAAUUAAAGGUUUUACUGGGAUUGAUUCUGAGUAUGAAAAACCAGAAGCCCCAGAGCUUGUGCUGAAAACUGAUUCCUGUGAUGUGAAUGAUUGUAUACAACAAGUUGUGGAACUUCUUCAAGAGAGGGACAUUGUACCAGUGGAUGCCUCUUACGAGGUGAAAGAGCUUUAUGUGCCAGAAAACAAGCUACAGUUGGCCAAAACUGAUGCUGAAUCUCUGUUAACCCUGGAAAUAAAUAAGGUGGAUAUGCAGUGGGUACAAGUGCUAGCAGAAGGUUGGGCAACACCCCUGAAUGGCUUUAUGAGAGAGAGAGAAUACCUCCAGUGCCUUCACUUUGACUGUCUCCUUGAUGGGGGAGUUAUUAAUCUGUCAGUGCCUAUAGUGCUAACAGCUACUCAAGAAGACAAAGAAAGGCUCGAUGGGAGCACAGCAAUUGCGCUGGUGUACGAAGGUCGCCGCGUUGCCAUCCUCCGUAACCCCGAAUUCUACGAGCACAGGAAAGAGGAGCGCUGUGCUAGGCAGUGGGGAACCACAUGCAAGGAACAUCCUUAUAUCAAGAUGGUUAUGGAGCAAGGGAACUGGCUUGUGGGUGGAGAUCUGCAGGUCCUUGAUCGUAUUUAUUGGAAUGAUGGACUUGAUCAAUACCGCCUCACUCCAGCUGAACUAAGGCAGAAAUUCAAGGAAAUGAAUGCCGAUGCCGUCUUUGCAUUCCAGCUACGCAACCCGGUGCACAACGGGCACGCGCUUUUGAUGCAGGAUACUCACAAGCAGCUCCUGGAACGCGGCUACCGGCGCCCGGUUCUGCUCUUGCACCCCCUCGGAGGCUGGACAAAGGAGGAUGAUGUCCCUCUUAUGUGGCGCAUGAAGCAGCACGCUGCAGUACUGGAGGAGGGAAUCCUGAAUCCAGAAACAACGGUGGUAGCUAUAUUCCCUUCCCCCAUGAUGUAUGCAGGACCAACUGAGGUUCAGUGGCACUGCAGAUCCCGGAUGGUUGCAGGAGCUAACUUCUACAUUGUAGGGCGAGAUCCAGCAGGGAUGCCACACCCUGACACUGGGAAAGACCUGUAUGAACCAACCCAUGGUGCCAAAGUGCUCACAAUGGCUCCAGGCCUCCGAGCACUGGAAAUUGUACCCUUCAGGGUUGCAGCCUAUAACAAAAAAAAGAAGUGCAUGGAUUAUUAUGACUCUGAUCACCAUGAAGACUUUGAUUUUAUAUCGGGGACCCGCAUGCGCAGGCUGGCUCGGGAAGGACAGAACCCGCCGGAAGGCUUCAUGGCUCCCAAGGCUUGGACUGUGCUGACAGAAUACUACAAAUCCUUGGAGAAGGCUUAGGCCUCUUAUUAACUGCAGAUCAACCUUUGACGCCUGAUUUAUUUACGAGAAGGGGACCACACAGUCACCAUUCAUGUUGCUUUGUUGUGGUGUCUGUCAGGAAGUUCUCUGAAAACAGACUCUUUCUUCCUAACUUAGCAUCAUUCUUUGCCUGCCCUUAUGGGUUCUAUUAUGUCCUGGCACCUAACUAGCUGCUGGUUUUAAUGUCUUCUCUUUUAUUACAGUUAAUAUUCUUGCAGUAGGAUUUUAAACUCCUGGAUUUAUUUUUUUAUAAUUUACUGCCUCUGUCCUGAGUUCUGCAGCUGUUAAAUAGAUGCAGCUUUUUCAUAUGUUAUUUAAGCUGCUGGGUAGUGUCUGGUUUUAGUAGUUUGUAGGAGAAAAUGUAAAAGUUAAUCCUUUAACUAUGAAUGGAUUAUCUAUAAAUCAAGAAAGUAAAAAAUGUUUCGAAAUAUCUGUAAAAGUGUCUUCAUUUUUAUCUCCUCAUUAUCAUCUCCAGAAGCACUUACAAUUUGUUUCUGACUAUAUGUAAUCAAAAAGCAGAAGGGGUUUUUUUUAUGUAGCAUAAUUAAAAUUUUGCUUUCUUUGUUUAAUUUUGGAAUUUAUUGAGCUGUAUGUUGAUUCUCUUCUGGUGUGGACCUGUAAAGGUGGCCAAGUAAUGAAUAAAAGAAAUUAUCUAGUUUUCAGUUUCAAUUGUUAACAAAUUCACAUGUUGUUUUUGUAAAUGCUUGCUGCCAUAGGUUUCAGUAGGGUAUGUUUUAUUUCAUUUGAUGUAACUUUUACUGGAUUUUGAUUCCAGAUAUACUUAAUCAUCCUACUACAGCUUUUUUAAAAGCAUGAUAGCCCAAACUUAAUUUCAUGUUUAAUUAUUGCAAGCAAAAUAAAGAAAAUCCUUAGAUUUUGGCA